UAUUAUUUCAACAAGAAUAGUGUCAUCAGUUUUAUGCGUUUUGCAUUGCACUGUAUUAAACCGGCAGUUCAACACGUGAAGUGAGUUAAUGAUUUAAACUGGUAAUACUUUCACGAAAAGCUUUAUCAAAUACACAGUACUGGUACUUUAAUAAUUAGAAAUACAUUCAGGACAAGGAAGAUGGUUAUAGCGAAUUGUAUAACUUAAUCAGAUAAGAAUCAAAAUGGAAGAGAAGGACUCUGAAAAAACCUCAACAGAUGAUGGCCUCAGCAGUCAUGGCCUAAAUCCAACAUCUGGUGACAGUGGUAUCUCCAACAAUGAAGAGUUUUCUCUUGUAUCUGGAGGAACAAGUGAUUAUUCUUUAUUAGAAACCCCAGAAACUAAAGGUAGUUAUGAAGAUGAAAAAGGAAAACAGAAACCCAGUCAAAUUGCUACUGAUGAUACCAAAGCAAUACAAAAGGAAUUCAAUGAGUCUAAUUCUACUGGACAUGUCUCUUCGGGACACAAUGGAGUUGAAGACACUAAACCUACUGAAAACAUCUCUGGACAUAAGGGAGUUAAAGACACUAAACCUACUGGAAACAUCUCGGGACACAAUGGAGUUAAAGACAAGACCAGGAGAGAAUCCAGAACAUCAAGUACCAAUGACUUCAGCAUAAUUGAUUUACCAGAAGACAAUGACCUUGAUGCUAGAGAUAUUGAAGAAGACUCAGUUGGAAAAAACAUUACAGAGAAUUUAAAAUUGUUUUCCUUUGGUCACAUGGAAAACAAAGAUCCUUGUCGCUCUAGUACAGGUCAAUUAAUAUCUAUGAAUAGACCAAAGGAUAGUAAUGGUCAUCAAAGUUCUGAACUAGGGUCUAGUUUUGCUGUAUUAGAUGCCUCUGGUAUGAGCAGUUCUUACCCUUCAUCAUUUGACAAAGAAAUCGACAGGACAAAAGUACAUGUCUUACCACCUAAAAACAGUGAUGAUUCACAGAUUUCUACUUCUGUUGAUAAAGAUGGACAGAAAGUUGAAAAGAAAAAGAAUAUUCAGGGUGGCAUUGUAGAAGUUGAUGUACAACGUGAAGAUUGGAAAACAGAUGGAACUCCAAACAGUAUUGACACAACAGACAAUGCAGCUCAGAAAGGUGGUAACAGAGAAGAAUCGAAAGACGUAAAUGUAAAAGUACAAUCAAAUCUAAAUUCUCAUACUCAGGUUGAUCCCACACUACAGAAAACUGAUGAUAGCAUUACACUUGAAAAUAAACAUACUCAAAAUGCUCCAGAUACCACUAAUGUAGCAAGCAUUAAUAACAACUCAGAGGCAGUUGGAAAGAGUUUGAGUGAAGAAACUGAAUGCUCAGAUAAAAUUAUGGAACAUGGAAAUCUAAAGAAAAGACAGAAUGAUGUUGAAGAAGUUGAAUCCCAAGUAACUCAACAAACAGUAGAAGUUAUAUCAGAUGCUAUGAAAAAUCGUAGUACAGAACCAGAUGAUGAGCCUGACUUUUCAGUGGUUGAUGAACCAGUAGAUUACACAAAUAAAGUUUCAAAACAUUUUGGGAAAUCAGAUAUUGAUAGUGAUAUACCGAGUAGCCAUUUCACAAGUCCACGUAGUCGCAGUAGCACUAGCACUAGUUCUGAGAGUAUUGAAAUCAACAUGAGUGAACCUGAGUUGUCUGAUGACAGUAAUGGUCAUAAUGGACAGAAAAGCAGUUCUUAUUCUGGAACUGAAACUUCUACAGGCUGUGGAAAUCAAAAUGUGUCAAAUCUCUCCUGUAACUUGGAGUCUGAGCAGUCUGGUGUUUUGGGCACAGAUCAAGUUUCUAGUGUAGGAACACAUAAAGUGGAGGAGAAUAAGGAGUCAUUGUACAAUAGAAAAGAUAAAAACAUGACAGACAAGUCUUUUGAUAAUUGCAGCUUUCCUUUUAGGGAUGAAAGAGAGAAGGAAAUUGAGAAUGAGAAACCUGAAGAAAAUGCAGCUGAUUACAAUGGAAGUAACCAUCCUCCUGAUCUUCUAAAGGAAACACUGGAUGAAAAGAAAGGCAAUGUUCAUUCUAGCUCUAUGAAUACAAAGAAGACAGAAGAUUUCUCCUUAGUACAAUCAGAUGUGGAUGAGGAUGGAGAAAAAAAAUGUAAAAUACAUCCCGAUAAUGGUGAGGCUACUGGUACAAGUUCUGAAAAUGAUACAGAGUCAAACAAAAAAGAUGUUACAGAAAGUGAGCCUGGGAAGAAAACCUAUGAUGGUAAUGUAACAGAUUUGUCCUUUGUAAGGGUUGAUAUGCCAGAGAUGGACAAUAAAUGCAGCAGACCAGAUGAACCAAUCAAUGGGGAUCUGAAAGAAGAGAAACUUUAUGAUGAAGAGAAAUUAGCUGUAAGGAGCAAGGAUGAGAGACUCGGGGAUGAAGUGCAAAACAAUGAGCAGAUGUCUGAAGAUAAUGUUGGAAAGAGAGGUAGUGUAUCUCGAGACAGUUGUGGAAGUAUAUCAUCUGAGGCAUCUACCACUGGAUCAUCCUCUCCUGAUGUGUGGCAGCUAGGUGACGGUGAUAAAUUAUUAACCGAAGAAGAAGCUGUGGUUUAUGAGAGUUUGAGGAGAACACAUGGGAUAAAGUUAAUAAGAAACUAUCAGUGCUCCAGUAAACACAAGUCACAUGAGGCACAAAUUGAACACCUGGAAAUCCCAGUAAAAAAUGAACUGGUUUAUUUUAAAUGGAGAUAUGUCUUAGCAAGGGAGGAAAAAAUUCAGGCAAUAUUAAAAGAGCAGUUUUCAGGAACACGUUUCAGUUAUGAUGAAUCGUUUGAAAGGAUAGAAUUAAUCAGGUAUGAGAUGACAGAAACUGAAGAGGAGGCUCAGCAGUGGUCCAAAAAUGUCAUGAAUGAGAUUGAAAAUCAAGUAAGAAAAAUCAACAGUUAUCUUAUUUGUUGUUCAGGGGAAGAUAUAGAAAUGAUUAUGUUGCAGAUGGAAAAGUUUCAUACAUCACACAAUUUAGAUAUUUGUAUUGAACAUUGUCUUCAUCCAGAAAGUAAUAUAGAAAGACUUAUAGUGAUUGGCCAGCCCACUGAAGUAGCAUCUGUUUUACUGCAGUUAGAUCCUAAUAUAGUAAAGAUUUUUGAAGCAGAAGAAAAUAGUGUUGUGUCGAUUGAUCUUCUUAACAUACCAUUAGAUGAUGUUCAGCAUGAUGUCUUCCUUAGAUUUGAAGGUCCAAAGUCCAUGAAGACAAACUUUCCAAACAUUCAUUUGGAACUUAGUGAAAAAUCCAUGCAACUUUUAAUACAGACCAAGUAUGUGAAAAAUUUUAGCUCUUUUAUGACUGAAAAUUGGUUAAAAUUUAAACACAGAACCAAAAUUCUAAUGAAACCACAAGAAUUUACUCUCUUAUGCAAGGCAUCAGUUAGGGACUACAUAGUGAAUGAUAAGCUAAAAAUGCUAGGCCUUGACUACAGAUGGAGCUUUAUGCCAGAGGAAGGGGACAUAAUCCUGUUCACAGAAAAUCUUGGCCAAUUAGAUGAAAUAAGAGAUGCUAUUUUUGGUUCAUUUACUGAACACACAAUUAAUCUUGAAAAUGAACCUAGUUUUGGGGACAUCAGGAAGAUGGAAAAAUGGACAGAAAUAGUUGAUGAUGUCAAAAACCAAUCAAACGGUAUGGCUGACAUUGCAAUCAAUGAUAUGCAGACAUGUGUAACUAUAAUUGGAACUGAUGAUCUCAUGGAAGCAUGGCUAAAGUUUGGUAAUUUAGCUUCCAUGAAAAAGUACAUAGAUGAGAACAUAAAACCCACUAUUAAAGCUUCACCUAGUUUAUUUGAUGAUCAAAAACUUGUAAAGAAAUUUGUUCAGAUUGAUAGUGACAGGCUUGAUACUUUCAAUAAACAGACAAUGGACAAAAUGCACAACAUUGCAAGCAAUCUCAAAGUUGAACUAGUCCAUACUGACAGAGGAUUUGAAGUAAAGGGCCUCGAUGAGUCAAAGGUUAAGAACAUGUGUGACCAUCUUCUGGGAUUCAACAUUAAGGACCAUGAUAAACAAAACAGGGAAGCAGUCAUAAAGAGAUUUGUACAGAUGGAUGAGUCCCAAAUUGAACAAGUGUGUCAGCAGAAAGUACAAUGUAUGAGGAAUUACAGUAAAGAAUUAAACAUUGAAUACGACCCAACUAAUCUUGGAUUUGAAGUUAAAGGUACAACAGAGGCCAAUGUAAAGAAAUUUUGUGAUUACUUAUUGGAACUGAAAAAUGAAGUAAUAAGUGCUGAAAGGGAAAUAUCAGAUAAUGGAAACAAAAUGGAUGGGGAUACUGAACUCAAACUAGUGAAGAGAUUUGUACAGAUGGAAGAAGAAGAAAUUGACCACCUAUGUAAUCAUGAGUUAUCAGAUAUGAACAAUUUUGGUAAGGAACUGAACAUUAGUUUUGAUCCAACAAAUCUAGGCUUUGAAGUAAAAGGAAAAACAGAAGAUAAUGUGAAGAAAUUCUGUGAUCGUUUGAUAGAAUUGAAAACUCGGAUAAUUUAUCAAGAUGAUAGUAGUACAACGGAUGAAACAACUAAGGAGAACCAUGUUGGCAUAACACCACCAAAAGUAACAGAAGAAUUACUGGACCUUCCACUUAAUAUCCCGAGAAAGUUUACCCAGUUAGAUGAAAGGGUCAUACAUUACAUUGACAAAUUUAAAAUAGUAGAAAUAAAAGAAAUAAUGGCUAACCUUGAUGUGGAGUUUACCAAAAGCAGUUUAGGGUUUGAAAUCUAUGGAGAAAAGAAGGCAAAUGUCCAAACAUUAGAUGAUCAUUUAAUGAGGUUAAACUCACAAAUAGAAAUAAGGAAAGUUGAAAAUGUACCUGAUUUGACAGAUGAUGACUUGCAGAGGAUGGAAGAGAAGUACAAAUGUAUAAUAAAGAUACUGAGUGAUAAAGAAGAAGAUUUUAAACAGUUAGUUGAAGCUGAUUUAGCAGAUGAAGCAGUAUGGUGUGUAAAUGGUAUAAAAGUAUCAGUUGCCAUGAGAGAUGCUGACAGUCUUACAUGUGAUGUUAUAGUCAUUCCAAUGGUGGAAGAAAUAUCAGGAAAGAAGUUUGUUUACCAAGAAAAAUACCAAUGUGAAGAAGUCCAAGUUGCUAUACCCUUGUAUAAAGAAGAAUUAGGAAAGGAAAAACAUGACCUUACCCAAUUAUUGGUGGAUUUGUUGUUUGACCUGAAUAGUCAUCAGUACAAUACAGUGGCAUUGCCAGUCAAAACAUUUAAUAAAUGGCCAUCAACAAAACUGACAAAAAUAAUGCUAGUAGCAUUAAAAGAAUACUUACAAAAACCUGACCAGAACAACAUACAAAAGAUAUAUGUAUGUAGCACUGAACCAGAAGUUUGUCAGAGGGCUAUCUCUGCCAUGGAGUAUGCAAUGCCAGACUUAAAGAGAGAUGGUUUAACAGCAGUUGCAAUAAAGAAACCAAGAACAGAUAAACAUGACCAUCCAAGUAUUCAGCCAGCAGAUGCAACUCCAGAAACAGAAAUACAUGAGGUCAACACAGAAGAUGCCACCCCCAGUCCACCAGUAAUACAACAUAUCAAGGAUGACAUACCAAAACUACAAGAGGAGAUCAAACCUAAAAUCAUUGUCAUAAAAGAUUUAAUUGCAAAGCAGAAGGUUGAUGUUAUUGUCAAUUCAACAUCUCCAGACUUUGAUCUAAAAAAUGGGGCAGUUUCUAAGUCCAUUUUGGAUGCUGCAGGAAAGAAAAUACAGAAAGAUGUGAACAAAAGUUCACAGGACAUUGUUCCUGGUCAGAUUGUAGCAACUGGUGGACAUAAACUGCAUUGUAAAGCUGUAUAUCAUGGAAAUUUACAGGGGUAUGAUAAAAAUGCACACCCAACGGAACAAAGAUCUGUUAAGAUUUUGACAAGUUUUGUCAGUGGUUGCUUGAUAAAAGCUCAUAGGAAAUCCUACAGAAGUAUUGCAUUUCCAGUUCUUGGUGCAGGUGCACUUGAUUUUCCACCUGAUGUUGUUGCUUCAAUGAUGAAAAAAGUAGUUGAAGAUUUUGGAAAGAAAAAUGAACAUACCACAAUAGAAGAAGUCAGAGUGGUAGUAUUCAAAGAUGAUGGAAUCUUUACAAUCUUCAGAAUGAUGGCAGAGAUAUACAACAAACCAACACAAGUUGAAUUAUACCAAGAACCUGUAGAUCAACCUUCUGCUGUUGCAGCAGCAAAAGCUCCAGAGCCACCAAAACAGGACCCAACAACUUUACUCAAGGAUCUACCAACACAAGGACUAAGCCUUGCCCUUAACAGAGUAACAUUAUCAGCUGGUCUGGGUGAUGUCACUAAACUUGAAGGAUUCGACUGUCUGAUAUUACUGUGGCCUCAAGAUGAGAUUAAAUUAACUCCAGUUGAUAAAGAAGUCAUCCUUAAAUCAGUUGGAAAGUCCUCUUUAACUGAGUGGGAAAAAGACAAGGAAAUAUUAAGUGGAAGUAAGAUACUUGUGACCCCUGGUGGUUUUCUGCCACAAAAGACCAUUAUACAUGUUUAUGUAGAAAACCUAUGCCUACAAGAUGCUUUCAUGUUAGGAUUAGCAAAGGCAGAAGAAAUGAAAAUGAAAAGCACUGUUAUUCCAGUUAGACCAACAGAUUCCUUAGCUAAAGAUGUUGGAGAUUUUUCAGCAUGCAUAUACAGAGCAGUCACUGAAAUGAAUAACAGGUUACAUAUAAUGAGACAUGUGAAAAUUUGUAUUGGUGGGAAACAUUUGUGUCAACCUAUCCUAGCUACACUUGCUAAACUGCAAGAAACUGGUGGUCAGCAUUUUGAUCAGACAAAGGCCACUUGCAUUGUAGAAAUAACAGCUUUAAAAGAUGACAUGGAAAACAUAAUGUAUGAAAUUAAUCCAAAGGCAGAAGCUGAAGAUCUAAACAACCGAAAGGAUGCUAGAAUGGCUGAUGAGGAAGAUGUAAAAAGCAAAACCUUAACCAAAGAUGACAUGGAACAGUUUAAACAUCCAUCUAAAAGAUUCCUAGUAAAUUUAUGUGCAGAAAUAAGUCCAGAUGUAAUACAAACAGCCUUACAGACAAACCAGUUAGAAAUAUUGAAAAUGGGACUAGAAAGAAUAUCAGAAAAGGUUAAGAUCUCUGAGGUUGAUGGAAAAUGGGUAGUAUAUGGAUCAUAUGAACAAAUAGAAAUGUGUCAAAGUUACCUACAAGUUGUUACAGAAGAUUCAACAGAGCCAACUGAUGGAGAAAUUAUCAUAAAAGUAGAUAUAACAAAGAAUUUAUAUCAGGCACUGCUGUUUUUAGAGAAAAGAAAACUUUCUGAAAUAACAGGAAAUGCUAAUUUGAACUUUAUAGAUGAUGCUGGAUUGUUAGAGAUUUCUGGACAUACAAUACCAGCUAAUGUUGAAAAACAAAUUCAGGAACUUGUAAGCUCAUUCCAGGCAAAUAUGAUAAUGGAUAUGGUAGAGGUACCCUAUCGUCUAGUACAAAACAGCUCUGUCUUAAAUUUUAUUCUAAAAUUGCAGAUAGACCACCCAGAUGUGUAUAUUUAUACGAAUGAAGGGAAAGGGGCAGAGUCGGCAUUCCCUGUAUAUCUUGUCAGUUUGAAACGUGAGGACUUGGCCAGUGCUAAGAAAAGCAUUCAAACUGAAUAUUUAAAAACAUCAACUAGAGCUGGAAGGUUCACUCAGUCACAAACAAGCGAUACAAAUACAAAGUUUGGGAACCCAAAUAAGUUUAACAGAAGUUACUCUCUUGAAAUUAGGAAGCCAUCUCAUAAGACAUAUAAGACAGAAGAAGGACUUGUUAUUCACGUCUAUAUGGGCAACAUUCUUCAACUUAAUGUUGACUGUAUUGUAAAUGCAGCCAACAGCCAUUUAAUGCACGGAGGAGGUAUUGCAGCUGUCAUAGCAGAUGCUGCAGGAAAAGCCUUCAAUAAAGAAAGUUAUGAGUAUGUUAAACGUUAUGGUGAAGUCAAAACAGGGCAUUGUUGUGUAACACAUGCUGGAAACCUUCCUUACAAACGUGUAAUCCAUGGAGUUGGUCCACAUUGGUCUAAAGGCAAGGCUAACGAAUGCUGUGACUUGUUACAGAAAACCAUUGAGCAGUGUAUACAGACAGCUAAUGCUCAUCAAAUGACCUCUAUAGCUAUACCGUCUAUUAGUGCAGGUCUAUAUGGAAUGCCACCAGAACUAUGUGCUAAGUCUUAUGCUGUAGGUGUGAUGACAGUCAGUGAUAACAGAACCGGGCUCUGGUCCCUGAAGGAGGUCCAUUUUGUUGACAACAAACCUGACAUGGUAUUCAUAGUUCAAAAAGCUUUUUCUGAUAUCUUUGAAAGUUCUGAAACAAGGCGACAAAGAAGUGUUGAAGAAAGUCUGCAAACUUCUGUAGAACAGUUUAAAGGGGAUACAGCUAUUAUUGAUAAAUUGAAAAAAAAUCAAUCCUUGACAAAUGCUGAAGAAAUUGUUCAAAGGAAAGCUACUGUAAAGUUAAAUACACAAACUGAAAGUAACAAUUUCACCAUUAGCCAAAGUCCAAUAGACAAUUAUAUCCUUCCAAAUAGUUCUGACCUACCUGCAUCAUGGAAAGUUACUAUCAAGACAGAUUUAAUAGAAAUUGAAACAGGUCCAAGCAUGAAAGUAUAUUUGUAUGAAAGUGACUUUGAAAAACAGAUUAUGGAAUCAAUAGCAAUUGGCAAGGAUAUAGAUUAUGGCCAACGGAGUACCGUUGUACAGUCCUUAAGACGCAGGACAAAUGUUAAAGCAAAAUUGGACCAACUGAAAAUUCAGAUACCAAAGCCAACAGUUGGAACUGUUGCAAUGUUUGAGGCAGUUACAGAUACUUACCUUCAAAAAGUGUUUGUAGUCUUUACACCAAAAUAUCCAAGGAAUGAGACACCAGUUGAAGAUAAGAAGUUCCAUGAUAACUUGUAUGGUUGUUACUUAAAGAUAUUUCAGGAGGUUGCCAACACAAAAGACACAGAGUUUCUUGCAGUUUCAUUUCUAAAAACAGGUAAUAGAGGUACAUCAUUUGAAGAAGGUGUUAAAGUGUUCCUACAUGCAGUGGAUAUGUUUACAAUCAAUAAAACCCCAGAAUGUAGGCUAAAACAAAUCCAUCUUAUUGUAAAUAAAGACACAAAUGCACUACAGAAAAUCAAACUAGUAUUAGAACAAAACUUUAAAGACUCGGGUCAAUUAAUACACAUUGAUGAAAAAGCUAAUAAAAAGAUUUGGAGAAUUGUUGGAUGUAAGAAAAUAAAUAGUGAAAUGCCUAGGAAAGAAGAGGUGCCUUCAGAUGUCAAAAAUAUAGUUCAAAAACCUGAUAAGAAGGAAGAUGAACCAGAGGAGAAAUCAAAACCUGAAGAUUGUGCAAUCUGCCUAGAAGAAAUACAAAAUGAUACCAAGAAAACGUUACACAAAUGUAAACAUGUGUUUUGUAAGGAGUGUAUAGAUGAGUGUUUCAGACAUAGACCAGUUUGUCCAACAUGCGGAAUGGUAUAUGGUAUUGUCAGAGGAACCCAGCCAACUGGAACGAUGAAAGUUGAACAUAGACCACAGUUUCAUUUACAAGGACAUAAAAAACAUGGCAGUUGGGUGAUAACUUACACCUUUUUCAGUGAUAAACAAACUGCUGAACAUCCAAACCCAGGAAAAUCCUACAGAGGGACAAGUCGUACAGCAUAUCUACCAGCCAAUGAGAAGGGUACCAUGGUGAUGAAGUUACUGAAGAUAGCAUUUGACAGGAAGUUGGUGUUCACUAUAGGUCAUUCCAGGACUACAGGAGAAGAGAAUGUUGUUACAUGGAAUGAUAUACAUCACAAAACAAGCAUGGGAGGAGGUCCUCAAGCGUUUGGAUAUCCAGAUCCAGAGUAUCUAGACCGGGUGUUAGAUGAGUUGGCAGCUAAAGGUGUUACCAAAGAGGAUUUGAGAGACUAGGCUUCAGUCAGAAAGUAUUGAUGUUUGUGUAAAUAUGUUAUGACUUUUGAAUCUGUUAUAUAUCAUUAGAUGACUUCAAUAUUUUUCCUUUAUUUAUAGAAUUUUUUGACAUAUAUACAAUCAUGAACUGUGUUUUUAAUGUCUAGGCUAGCAGAAUAUUUAUGUUCACUUGGAUGUAAAGUUUGGCAAGAAGAUAAUGAAAUAUAUUAUAGACAUUUAAUGUGCACAAACUUCCUGUUAUUUUUAUACAACUGCAGAAUUUUUGCAGUCGUAUAAUUUUAUAUUGUUGUCGGCAUCGUCUUUGUCAUCUGAAGACAUUGGGUUUGCAAACAAUAAUUUGAGAAUAAGUGUAUGGAUCUCUAUGAAAUUAUACCGUAAGGUUCCAUACCACAAAAGGAAGGUUGGGAUUAAUUUGUUGGGGUUAUUGUCCUAACUGUUAGGAAUUGGGGCCCAAAAUCAAGCAUUUUUCUUGUUUCAGGCCAAUAACUUGUGUAUAAGUAUAAAUAAGAAGAUGUGGUAUGACUGCCAAUAUGGAUCUCUAUGAAAUUGUACCAUAAGGUUCCAUAUCUCAGAAGGAAGGUUGGGAUUGAUUUUUGGGGUUACGGCCCGAACCGAUUAGAAAUUAGGGUCCAAAAACACGGAUUUUCUGGUUUUCAGACAAUAACGAGUGUAAGUGUAUGGAUCUCUAUGAAAUUGUACCACAAGUUUCCAUACCACAAAAGGAAGUUUAGGAUUGAUUUUGGGGGUUAUGGCCCUAACCGUUUAGGAAAAAGGGGCCAAAAACAAUACUUUUGUAAUACUUUGUAUAAAUUGCUAAGUUGUCUCAUUGGCAAUCAUACCUCAUAUACCUUAUUUUUAUAUUAUAAAGUCUUGAAUUCUUGGGGUUCUUUGAUAUGCUGAAUCUAACCAUGUAUUUAGAUUUUGGAUUUUGGCCACGUUUUUGAAUUGGUCCACAUUUAGGUCCAAAGAGUCCAAAAUUAAACUUUGUAUUGAAUUAUUGGGGAUUCCUUGAUAUGCAGAACUGUGUAUUUAGAAUUUUAAUUUUGGGCACCAUUUUCAAAUUGGUUCAAAGGGUCUAAAAUAAACUUUGUUUUAUUUCAACAAAAAUUGAAUACUUGGGGUUCUUUGAUAUGCUGAUUCUAACCAUGUAUUUAGAUUUUGGAUAUUGGACCAUAAUAGGUAAAUGUCCAAUUUCAAAUUUUUAAGUUCUUCGACCACAUUCAUUCUGUGUCAGAAACCUGUGCUGUGUCAAACAUUUAAUCACAAUCCAAACUCAGAGCUGUAUCAAGAUUGAAUGUUGUGUCCAUACUUGCCCCAACUGUUCAGGGUUUGACCUCUGCAGUCGUUUCAAGCUGUGCCCUACAGAACAUUUUAUUUAUAGAUGAACUAGGAUCAGAAGUUACUAUUAACAUGAUUCUGUUAAAUGUAAACAAUCAUUAUCAGGCUAAUAUUCUGUUCGUUUCCACAUUUGCUGUUUUAGGAAAAAAGGAACUGUGGAUUGAAAUGAGACAACAUUCCAAAAUGUAUUCCUUGUAGUUUUUUUAUCUUGGCAAGUACUGGAAUGCUCCAUUUUCAAAUUGGUCCACAUUUAGAUUCAAAAGGUCCAAAAUUAAACUUUGUUUGAUUUCAACAAAAUUUGAAUACUUGUGGUUCUUUGAUAUGCUGAUUCUAACCAUGUAUUUAGAUUUUGAAUAUUGGACCAUAAUAGGUAAAUGUCCAAUUUCAAAUUUUUAAGUUCUUUGACCACAUCCAUUCUGUGUCAAAUAUUUAAUUUAAAAAAUUUAAUUUAAUAAUUUAACAUUUAUUAAUGUUACAUUUUAGUUGAGGGGGAUAAAAAAAGCAGGAUUACAAUAUUCUGCAGCCAUUCAAAUAUGAUAUGGUAAUUCAAAUUUAGAACUUGGUUAUUUAUAGAAGUCAUGACAUUUUGUUUAUUCUUAUUUGUUAUUAAAUGUAACCAUUAAUUGAUCUGUGAUAUUGAUUACACUGAUUGUUGUUAAAAUUUAAUUUUUAAAUAUCUGUUGUUGUUUUCUUUGCUUUUUUUGUUAAUUUUGUUUGAAAGGCAAUGUGUGUAUGUAUGGUUAACUUGUUAUAGUUAUAACUUUGUCAAAAUUUCAUGAAAAUUUAGCGAGCCAAAUCCAUUUUAGUACAAAGUGGUAACCCUUAGCACAGUUUGAGGGUUUAGACAAUCAUUUAAGGUGUCACAUUGAAUCAUAUGGAUUAGUUUUGAUGUUUAAGAAUGUUGCAGAUAUGAUAGACUAUGCCUUUUUCAAACUGGUAUUGCAUUACCAUUAAUAUACCAGGUGAUUUGAUGGAAGUACUUUAAAGGAGCUCUUUUGUGAAAGCAUAGAUUUGAUUCUAAAAAUAAAAUUAUCAUUUUGUACAGUUAUUCACUUUCAUGGGAAGUAAAACUGGUUUAUUGCAAUGAAGAACAAUUUGAGCAGAUAUUUACUUUUUUAAUUAGCAAUUCAUGUAUUGCUGUUAUGGAAAGGAGGUGAUAUGUUUUGUAGUUUAACUGUUGAAGUUGUGAUUAGGUUUGUUUCAGGGAAACCUCUUAUGGUAAGUGAAUAUUUGGUAUUUGCAGUUGUUUCAGCAUUAGUAAAUUUCAAAUCUUCAAGAGAAAUGCUUGUUUUUUUUUAUGAAAUCGGUAGAUUUCACAAUAUGUCCAUAAAAGAACGACGCCAUAGUCAAAUGAAAUCUCAUUAUAAACAAUCUUAUUAGGAAUAAAAGAAGAAGUCAGGUAUAUGUCAAUGAGACAGUAACUCAAUGACACAAAUAACCAAAAGAUCUAGAGGUAAAUUAAGGUUAUUUAUUUCUAACAUACUUCUAAACAACUCAUUUAAUAACAUUAAAAUAUAACCAUAUUGAUGUAAUUAAAACUUUUGUAUUUCUUUUCAUUGCUCUACAUUGCAGCACAGAAGCAAAUUAAAUUGUAUCAGAUUAUAAUUUGGAAGUUAACUUUAGUCUUUUUGGAAAGACUAGACUGUUAUUGAUAAAAUUGUUAACAGAUUCAUCAUGUUUGUAACAGGUACAUUCUUUUAGAAAAAUUGCUGUAAAGGGACCAAUUCAACAUAAGGGCAGGGAAAUUUUUUUUCAAUAGCUUUAUUGGACAUGAUGAAACGUUUUUCAGACAUGGAAAAAGAUUGUGUAUAAAAAUACGGAAUUAACCAUUCAAAGUGAAGGAGAUAAUUCUAUAUUUACUUUAAAGGUUGUGGUUUUCAAUGUUGUAUACAUAUAUUUUUCUUGUUUUGUUUUUUUCGAAAUCAUUAGUCAUUUGUAUUACGGUAAUCUUGUUCAAAACAGAUAUUACAUAUGUGAUUUGGUAGCAAAGUAUUGUAUUAUUUUUCAAGUACCGGUAUUUUAAAUAAAACAAUAAUUCCAAUCAUUUAGAUGUUAUUUUAAGAUUUAUACUAUUGGUUAAAUAUUACUUUUUAUACUGUAAAUUCAGAAAUUAAUGUGUGGAUUUAUUGUUGUGAUUUUUAGCUCACCUGGCCCGAAGGGCCAAGUGAGCUUUUCUCAUCACUUGGCGUCCGUCGUCCGGCGUCGUCCGUCGUCGGCGUUAACAUUUUACAUUUUGAACUUCUUCUAGAGAACCACUGAAAGGAAUGAAACCAAACAUGGCAUGAAUGUUCCUUAUGAGGUGCUGACCAAGUGUUGUUACUUUGUAGCGGAUCCAUCAUCCAAGAUGGCCACCAGCAUGGGACUUAGUUUAACAUAGGACCCUAUGGGAAAUACAUACAAAUGUCUUCUUUUAGAGAACCACAGAAUGGAAUGAAACCAAACAUGGCAUGAAUGUUUCUUAUGAGGUGCUGACCGAGUGUUGUUACUUUGAAGCCGAUCCAUAAUCCAAGAUGGCCGCCAGCGGGGGACUUAGUUUAACAUAGGACCCUAUGGGAAAUACAUACAAAUGUCUUCUUUUAGAAAACCACUGAAUGGAAUGAAACCAAACAUGGUAUGAAUGUUCCUUAUGAGGUGCUGACCGAAUGUUGGUACUUUGAAGCCGAUCCAUAAUCCAAGAUGGCCGCCAGCGGGGGACUUAGUUUAACAUGGGACCCUAUGGGAAAUACAUACAAAUGUCUUCUUUUAGAGAAUCACUGAAUGGAAUGAAACCAAACAUGGUAUGAAUGUUCCUUAUGAGGUGCUGACCGAGUGUUGUUACUUUGAAGCCGAUCCAUAAUCCAAGAUGGCCGCCAGCGGGGGACUUAGUUUAACAUUGGACCCUAUGGGAAAUACAUACAAAUGUCUUCUUUAAGAGAACCACUGAAUGGAAUGAAACCAAACAUGGCAUGAAUGUUCCUUAUGAGGUGCUGACCAAGUGUUGUUACUAUGAAGCUGAUCCAUAAUCAAAGAUGGCCGCCAGCAGGGGACUUAGUUUAACAUUGGACCCUAUGGGAAAUACAUACAAAUGUCUUCUUUUAGAGAACCACUGAAUGGAAUGAAACCAAACAUGGCAUGAAUGUUUCUUAUGAGGUGCUGACCGAGUGUUGUUACUUUAAAGCCAAUCCAUAAUCCAAAAUGGCCGCCAGCAGGGGACUUAGUUUAACAUGGGACCCUAUGGGAAAUACAUACAAACGUCUUCUUUUAGAGAACCACUGAAUGGAAUGAAACCAAACAUGGCAAGAAUGUUCCUUAUGAGGUGCUGACCAAGUGUUGUUACUUUGAAGCUGAUCCAUCAUCCGAGAUGGCAGCCAGCGGGGGACUUAGUUUAACAUAGGACCCUUAUGGGAAAUACAUACAAAUGUCUUCUUUUAGAGAACCACUGAAUGGAAUGAAACCAAACAUGGCAUGAAUGUUCCUUAUGAGGUGCUGACCAAGUGUUGUUACUAUGAAGCCGAUCCAUAAUCUAAGAUGGCCGCCAGCGGAGGACUUAGUUUAACAUAGGACCCUAUGAGAAAUACGUACAAAUGUUUUCUUUUAGAGAACCAUUGAAUGGAAUGAAACCAAACAUGGCAUGCAUGUUCCUUUUGAGGUGCUGACCAAGUGUUGUUACUUUGAAGCUGAUCUUUCUUCCAUGAUGGCUGCCAGAUGGGGACAAUGUUUAACAAAGGACCCUAUGGACAAUAUAUACAAAUGUCUUCUUUUAGAGAAUCACAUACUGAAUGGAUUGAAACCAAACAUGUCUCUGAAUAGAAACUUAGGUGUAUUUUUCAGCACCACCAAUAUUUUUGGUUUAAAUGGGAUCAGGUUACACAGGCGAGACAUAUUUCUGUGUUAACAGUUUAUUAAUUAUAUUUUAAGUGUUGGCAAUUAUGAAAAACCAAUGUAAUGUAAUAGUUACUAACCAGAGUUAUUAUACAUAAAUGCACGUGCCUUUAAUACAUUAUUUUAAAAAAUAAACCUCAUUUUUUCAUAAA